AUGGAAGAGGUCCGGGGGAUAGUGGGUAGCUUGGUGCAACAAGUAACCAGAAUGUUUUAUGAGCCGCACCAUGUGGUAAUUAUGGACAUUAUGCUGCAACAUUUGGUUUUGGAUGAAGAGGAUUUAGCAGAUAAGAUGAAGUUGUUGCCGCGUGAGUUUAGUCGGAUGGCGGUUAAGUUGAAAGAUGAUAGAUUGUUAUCUUUUGAAACAAUUAGUGAUUUGAAAGAAGAUGGCCGGCAAGUAACUACUACUAAGUUCUUUUUGGACUUUAGGUUGAUUAGAGAUAUUGUGAAGUACAAGAUCUAUACGAUGACUCAGAAGUUGGAGAAGAAAAUGAGGGCUUCAGAAAGUGCGAUUGAUUUUGGGUGUUUAUCUUGUGGUACUUCUUAUUCUGUUUUGGAUGCUCAAUCUUACUUAUCAGUUGAUGAUUAUACGUUUAGGUGUCCUGAAUGUCAAGCUGAGUUACAUGAGAAGAAGGAGAGGAAUGUAGAUGAGAAAGAAUCGGCUUCAACGGUCUUUUCCUUGAUGAUGGAAGAGAUUGCACCGAUUAUUCAGCAGUUGAAAGAAAUUGACCGUUUGGGUAUUCCUGAGAUGUUAAGAGGGAAGAUCAUUCUUUCACAAGCGAGUGCGGAAGUGCCUAAGCUGACUAGUAAGUUUGCUGAUGAAGAGGAGGAAGAAGGAGAGGAAGAAGAAGGAUUGGAAGACCUUCCUGAUAGUCUAGGUAGUGGUAAGUCUAAAUCACCAGAGAUCUUGAUAGGUAUGGAAGAGAAGGAAGUAGAUAAGAAGGAAGCGAGUGAAAUUGAAGAGAUGAUUACGGUUAAUGGUGUACCUACUAAGUUCAAAGAUGUUACUGAAAGUGAUAAGGAACUUAUGAAUGAAGAGGAGUAUGAGAAGUACUUUGAGUUAUAUGAGAAAUGGGUAGGUUAA